CUGAUCUUAAGUUUCUGCAGUCCAGGCUUCGGCCUUCCAGCUUCGUCUCUGUGUGUGCCUGGAGCUGCAGCCGGGGCCGCCAUGGCGCUGCGAGUGGCGGCGUUCGACCUUGACGGAGUGCUGGCCCUUCCCUCUAUCGCCGGCGCCCUCCGCCGCACCGAGGAGGCCCUAGCGCUGCCCAGGGACUUCCUGACUGAUGCCUUCCAGCAGGAAUGCCCAGAGGGACCCAGUGAGCAACUUAUGAGAGGGAAGAUCACGUUUUCCCAGUGGGCACCACUCAUGGAUGAAAACUGCAGGAAGCGCUCCAAAGCCUGUGGAGGCAGUCUUCCUGAGAAUUUCUCCAUAAGCCAAAUAUUCAGCCAAGCCAUGGCAACAAGAAGCAUCAACCGCCCCAUGCUCCAGGCAGCUGUUGCUCUAAAAAAGAAAGGAUUCACAACGUGCAUCGUCACCAACAACUGGCUGGAUGACAGCGACAAGAGAGGCAGCCUGGCCCAGAUGAUGUGUGAGCUGAGCCAACACUUUGACUACCUGAUAGAGUCCUGUAAGGUCGGGAUGAUCAAGCCUGAGCCUCAGAUCUACAAGCUUGUACUGGACACCCUGAAGGCAAAACCCAGUGAGGUUGUUUUCCUGGAUGACUUCGGGAGUAAUCUGAAGCCAGCCCGUGACAUGGGGAUGGUCACCAUUCUGGUCCGCAACACAGACUCCGCUCUGAGAGAACUGGAGAAGGUCACAGGGACACAGUUUCCUGAGGCCCCUCUGCCAAUCCCUUGCAAUCCAGAUGACGUCAGCCAUGGAUAUGUGACAGUGAAGCCAGGCAUCCGCCUACAUUUUGUGGAGAUGGGCUCUGGCCCUGCCAUAUGCCUCUGCCAUGGGUUUCCUGAGAGCUGGUUUUCUUGGCGGUACCAGAUCCCUGCUCUGGCCCAGGCGGGCUUCCGGGUUCUAGCCUUAGACAUGAAAGGCUACGGAGAGUCGUCCUCCCCUCCCGAAGUAGAAGAAUAUGCCAUGGAAGUUCUGUGUAAGGAGAUGGUGACUUUCCUGGAUAAGCUGAGAAUCCCUCAAGCUGUGUUCAUUGGCCAUGACUGGGCUGGGGUGCUGGUGUGGAACAUGGCUUUCUUCUACCCUGAGAGAGUGAGGGCAGUGGCCAGCCUGAACACUCCAUUCGCGCCGCCAAAUCCAGAUGUUUCUCCUAUGAAAGCUAUCAGAUCUCUCUCAAUUUUAAAUUAUCAACUGUACUUUCAAGAACCAGGAGUAGCCGAGGCUGAACUGGAAAAGAACAUGAGUCGGACUUUCAAAAGCUUCUUCCGAGCAAAUGAUGACAGGGGUUUCCUCAAUUUGCACAAAGCCACUGAGUUGGGGGGAGUCCUUGUGAACACUCCAGAAAAUCCGAGCCUCAGCAAGAUUACUACUGAGGAGGAAAUCGAGUUUUAUGUACAGCAGUUCAAGAAGACUGGCUUCAGAGGUCCUCUGAACUGGUAUCGGAACACAGAAAGAAACUGGAAGUGGAACUGUAAGGGGCUGGGACGGAAGAUCAUGGUCCCAGCCCUGAUGGUCACAGCUGAGAAGGACUUCGUACUCCGCCCUGAACUGACCAAGAACAUGGAAAACUGGAUCCCUUACCUGAAACGGGGACACAUCAAGGACUGUGCUCACUGGACACAGAUAGAGAAACCGGCUGAAGUGAACCAGAUUCUCAUCAAGUGGCUGGAGACUGAAUUCAAGAACCCAUCAGUGACCUCCAAGAUUUAGCCAGUGGCAUGUCAUCUGCUGGGGACACAUUUUAGCUUCUGGACACGGCCUUAUCCAGAGGCAGCAGCAUCGUUCUUUUGCCAGCCAGUGAUUUUCUCGAAAUGAAAGUGAUCAGAUGUGAUAUAAUUUUAGAUCCAGGAGAUGCUUUGGGGAUGACCAUACCAUCAGGUGAAAGCUCGCACCCUGACAGGAAGGUGUGGGGGCAGCCCAGUUUGUACCUUUGCAGCCAAAACCCCACAUCUGCUCUCUUUGAAGCAGCUGAUCUGAGAUUAGGGACCUUUGUUCAAUAAAGCUAAGACUUUG